GAGAACGAACGCGGCGAGCUCGUCGACCUUUAUGUUCCCCGCAAGUGCAGCGCCACCAACCGCAUCAUCAAGGCCAAGGACCACGCCUCGGUGCAAAUCUCCGUCGGCAAGGUCGAUGAGAACGGCCGGUACACGGGCGAGAACCAGACCUAUGCCCUCUGCGGAUUCGUGCGCGCGAUGGGCGAGAGCGACGACAGCUUGAACAGGCUGACGCAGAAGGAUGGCUUCCUCAAGGCGGUGUGGAACGCAAGCCGGUAG